AUGGCCUCGAUGCCUCAAAAUCCUCCCAGGCCGCCUCCCCCAUGUCCUUCCUGGGUCUUUUCCAACACUUCCGACACCCAUGUUGCCAAAGAUCGCUGUUGGUUCGGAAAAGACUACAUCCCCUUCAGGUCCUAUGUCACAGAUAUAACCGGAGGUCCCGCCGUAGUCAUUGGGAUGGGAACUGUCAACCUCGCCACCAUGAGCUCGCCAACCCAGACCGAUUCGGAUUCGCACAGCUCCCUCUGCUUGAAGAACGUGUUGCAUGCCCCCGCAAUGCUCUGUAACAUCAUCGGAAGUCCAGUGGAGGACGACUACACGGUCUUUUGGGGCGGACUCUACUCUUCCUCGGAUAAAUCUGGUGAAAUUAUGAGCAAAAGCGGUCGAACUGUGGCCUACUUCAAGCCCAUGGGUCAGGGCCCCAGCCUGUACCAAGUCCAAUUUAGCAGGCCUCCGCUCGGUUAUCAGUUCGGGAUUUCACCUUUACUCCAGAACGGGCUCUACAUGAUCCAUGCCUUCUGGCCCCAGCCUGAGCGGCAGAGGUUUGCACUCUUGAAAGCCUCCGGUCUGAUUCGAGCCUCAGGCGUAGAGCCGCUGACAAGAUCUGAGAAGCAAUGGUUCGGGAAGAGACGCAUGUCUGAGAAUGGAAUUCUAGUUGAAUACGGGUUGAACAAGAACAGGAAGGAGCAUCAAGAGGAAGGCCGUGCCAUCAUGCGAAUUUUGAAGUCUCAGGCCGAAAAUGAACUGAUCAUUUGA